AUGGAGAUUCUUCAAGAAUUCUCGGAUGUCACUCCCAUAUUGGAGGAUACGAUAGAUGGAAUCUGUAAAAUCACAUAUGCACCACAUUGUACGCUUGGAAGCGAAUAUCUGAUUUUUCUAGUUGCAGAAAUGGUUGGCAUGCUGCGUGCAUGCAUCCUGAGUGGAGAGCUGAGUGAUCGCGUCUUUCGCUUAACUACAGCAAUUAUUUUAAUAAAUCCCAGUUUUGUUUCUGCAUGGCAUGACUUGGUGGUUCGUCAACAGUGUAUUCUGGAGAACGGUAUCGACUAUGAUAAGGAAUUCGCGUUUCUGGACGAUGUCCGUCGCCUUACCGAGAAGUGUUACCAAACCUGGAUGCACCGCAUGUUUUUAGUGGAAAUCUCAAAUUGCUAUGCGAACGAAAAGGAGUACUGCGAUAGUUACAUUCGACUCGACAAUAAAAACAUCCACAGCUGGACCUAUCGUCACUGGGUGGUAGAGAAGUACAAUUUGUGGGAAGGAGAGAUGGAAUACACCGAAAAAUACAUCGCAUUGGAUCUGUUUAACAACAGUGCCUGGUCCUAUCGAUUCUACGUGUUUACCCACGAUUCCAAUCAGAGACCCAAGCAGGAAAUCGACGUCGAGUUGGAGUUUGUCAUGGACAUAUUGAAGAAAGCUCCGCACAACGACGCUGCCUGGAACUAUUUGAAAGGCUUGCUGACCGCGUGCCCCACGUAUUCGUUCAUCGACGUCGUGAGCGAAGUGAAAAGGCGAAACCAGGAAGUGUUGGAGGAGACGGGGAAGGAAGUGCCCGGAGCUCUGGAUUUUCUGGUGUCGUAUUGCAGGAAAUGCUAUGAAGUGGAAAGAACGGAGGAGGCGAUUGGGUACGCGAUUCGAUUGCAGAAAGCGGAUGUUGUGCGAAAGGCGUGGUGGCAGCAUAUGGAAGAAGAGCUGAGGAAGGAUAAAGAGUAUUUGGAGUUUGUGACUUGGGGUGUUUGUUGGAAGAAACAAAAGAAUCGGAUUUUUCUUUCUUGCUAUCGCUUUCUUGAGUGGCUUCGGGAUUGGCUUUGGGAUUGCCUUUAA